AACAAACGCGUCAUAAAUUGUUGACGCUCAAUCUCGUUCAAACCCAUUUUAUCUUGAUGCAGUCUCAUCUACUUUAGUAUUUACUUUUCAGACAAAAAGUCACAUUAUGAGGUUCUUUUUUCUUUAAUGUCUUUAAACAAAUCAACAUCUGAUGCAGAAAUACCAACUGGUACUGUCCUAUUUGCUGCGGGACAGAUGAAGCAUGAUGAGUUCUGGGAUGAUACGGAGCUUAUUGAACAUUGGGAUAAGACGGUGGAGUUAUACAAAAAUCAAUAUUCAAAUGUAAAAGAAAAGACAGAGACAGAGACAAAAGGAAAGCGAAAGAAGGAAGCCUUAGAACAAGAUAUACCAAAGAAAAAGAAAGUACGUCAUACAACAAUAAAAGAUACCAGCAAGUCCAACCCAACAGACACUACUACAGCAGAAGGAGAUUUGUCCAAUCUAAUCAUGGCAUGGUAUUAUGCGGGCUAUUAUACAGCUCUUUACUCGAAACAGCACAAAUAAUCUAUCAGGCAGAAAGUACACCAAUCAUAUCUGUUGAUCGACCGCAGCAGUUUUACGAAUGAAAAAGUGACUGCGCCGCUA